GGCACGGAGGGUGGAUGUGCGUAUUCGAUCAGUUAAUGUCGCGAAAUAUUUAAAAACAUCGUUCGCGUGUGCGCAAAUUUAUUUUUCAUACAAAAAUGAACGCCAUCGCCACGAGUAUUUUAUUCAGCUGGAAUUAAAAAGUUACCACCGGACCGAAAUCCAUUAAUAAUCUAAUCCUGUUUGUUAACGCUAAUGUGCGAUCAUAAGUGUAUAUAAUAUUAUGUAGCAUGAUGGACAUAAGAAUUAACUUUUGUACUUCAAUUCUUUGAACCCCACAGUGCGUUUGCUACCAAUUAUAUCUCUCUACAACUCUUUUACGUACCUUUUAACAUUAAACCUAUUGGGCCAAUCAAGUGACUUACUUUGAAACUUAAUUUAAAACUGAUAUCAAACAAAACUUCAUAUCACUAUACUUAUUAUCCCUUUAUAUGCUUUACGUGUAUACAAGACCUGGUUGGUGCGUGGACCAAGUUUGGAUGAAUUGUACAUAUUAGUUAUUUUAAAGUGUGUAAAUAAUCAUGUAGUUAAAAUAAGUGUAUAGUGUAUAUAUAGCAGACAUAUCCUUGAGACUUGAAAAGAAACAACAACAACGAAAAUUUAUUGAUUUCGAUUCGUAAUAUCAGACUGUAAACAAUGUCCGUGCCAACAACAGACAGUACCGAAGCUAUCACCAACUCUGGCUAUGGCAGCAGCGACGAAACCGCCAGCCUCUUGGUAUCGGGGCCAUCAGUUACUGUCAUAGUACCAACAGAGAACAGAACCGUUAAACCUGUCCUGCAAAGGCAGGACUGCACAACACAUUUGAGGCCUCAACUAUCCGGUGGUCCCGGUAGUGAAGAAAGUGCAGCGUCUGUUAGAAUAGAAGACGGUACGACGAGAAGCGUGCCAGAUAUAGAAUUGCAAUGCCGGGAACCCGCAGACCGCCCUCAGACUCUGGUAUCACCUAUUGCAACAUGUUCUCACAGAGGCUCAGUGACUGCUUGCACGCUAGUACCGCACUCGUACGCGAGGUGUCGCGUUUGUGAACGGAGACAAUCUACGGCGCCGGUGUCGGCGCUGCAACUAGCGCGGUCCGCGUCGCGCGAAAGCGUACGCUCCGCAGUUCACUACCCUUGUGGUUGUAGCUCACUACACGCUGUCAGCACCUGUCCUGUUAUCCAACCGCCAGCAUUACUGUUACCAGCAACCAGUUCGAGAAUCAUCCGCCAGAGUUCGCAGCCGGAGUCGAGCGCAUGCGCGGCACAUUGUAUUCACUCCCAUCACCCUAGCGCCUCCCUGCGACAGCUAAGAGAACCCGGCGACGGAAUCGCGGGAAUAGCAGCGGACUCUCUACGAAUCAACGGCGGCAUGCGCCCCUUCAAACAGGGGCUGCUCCUGUGCCCACAAACCCUGUCGCAGACUCGUCGGGCGCGACUAAGACGCGCAUUCACUGAAGCCACCGGGGACACGGUGAACUACGUUAGAACGGCCUGCACAGGACCACGGAACCAGAUGCCGCAGCUGCGGAAGCCGGUGUCGACGCUCUCGAUCCCCGGCGCGAUGAAGGCGUACUCCGGCGGGAGGGACGCGGCCGCCGAGGAAGCGGGCGUCGCGCUAGUCGGCGUGCACAGCGAGUACCCGCGCUACGGCGAGGAGCGCGCGCUCGGCGGCGGCACCUACAAGGGAGGGGGGGCGGCCAAACACAAACCCAAUAUAGGAUAUAGGUUAGGUAGAAGAAAGGCGCUAUUUGAAAAAAGAAAACGAAUAAGUGACUACGCGUUAGUGAUGGGAAUGUUUGGUAUUAUAAUCAUGGUCAUAGAAAAUGAACUUUCUAGUGCAGGUGUAUAUACAAAGGCGUCAAUAUAUUCACAAGCAUUCAAGACGCUAAUAUCAAUGUCAACUGUGAUUUUACUCGGCCUAAUCGUGGCUUAUCACGCUUUAGAAGUACAGUUAUUUAUGAUAGACAAUUGCGCCGACGAUUGGCGGAUAGCAAUGACGUGGCAAAGGAUAGCCCAGAUUGCACUCGAGUUGGCCAUCUGCGCCGUCCACCCCAUCCCUGGAGAGUACACCUUUACAUGGACCACUAAACUAGCCAAUAAGGGUGGAGUUAUAGGUGUUGAAGUUGACACAGUGUAUAAAGAAAUACAGGUUCCGUACGACGUCACGUUGUCUCUUCCGAUGUUUUUUCGUUUGUAUCUAAUAUGCAGGGUCAUGCUUCUUCACAGCAAAUUGUUUACAGAUGCUUCUUCUAGAAGUAUAGGAGCUUUGAACAGAAUUAAUUUUAAUACUAGAUUUGUAUUGAAAACUCUUAUGACAAUUUGUCCCGGGACCGUCUUACUUGUAUUUAUGGUAUCAUUAUGGAUAAUCGCAAGCUGGACCCUAAGACAGUGCGAAAGGUUUCACGAUGAAGAACAUGCUAACCUACUCAAUGCGAUGUGGCUUAUUGCGAUAACAUUUCUCUCCGUCGGUUUUGGUGACAUUGUGCCAAACACAUAUUGCGGCCGAGGUAUCGCCGUUAGCACCGGCAUCAUGGGAGCUGGAUGCACUGCGUUAUUAGUCGCGGUUGUUUCAAGAAAAUUAGAAUUAACUAGAGCUGAGAAGCACGUUCAUAACUUCAUGAUGGACACACAACUUACUAAAAGACUAAAAAAUGCAGCAGCCAAUGUGUUAAGGGAGACAUGGUUAAUAUACAAACACACGAGACUUGUUAAAAGAGUCCAUCCAGGCCGUGUUAGGACGCACCAAAGAAAGUUCUUGUUAGCAAUUUAUGCAUUACGGAAAGUCAAAAUGGACCAACGAAAGCUGAUGGAUAACGCCAAUACGAUAACAGAUAUGGCAAAGGACCCCUUUCUGUUACAGACUCAAAACACGGUGUACGAGAUCGUGUCUGAUAUGAGCACGAGACAAGACACCAUUGAAGAAAGACUUACUAGUUUAGAAGAAAAAUUAACUUCCUUACAGGAACAAGUGAACAAUUUACCCGACGUAAUGGCAAGGUGUUUACAACAAUGUUGGGAGCGGGCGGAGCAGAGGAGAAAUUUCCUUCAUCCGGAUACUGCGGCCGUUCCCACGCCGCCUGCAUCUACUAUAUCUCCAUACACUAGAACAUUAGCAUCAACAACGCAUCCGUGGCCACCGAGUCCGGUGCUGCAGGCGGCGCGCGCGCACUCGGCGCCCGAGAGCGCGCCCGCCGCCUCGCCCGCGCCGCCGGCGUCCAGCCCCGCGCCGCACUCCUCGCGCCCGCCGCUACCCAGCUGAGUACCGCCUUCCAACUCCGAACUGCUGUGCUGAACUCGACGAAACUCGGCGCCCGUCCCCUGACCCCCGUCGGGGAAAUUGUUUCACGACGAACGUUGACUGUUACACGAUCUUGUUGCACCAAACACGUUCGAUCAUUUUGUUUACCCACGGAACUUUUUCCCACAAUUUCCUUAACGAUUCUGAUGAUGGUGUUCAAAUAUCAAGAUGUUAUGUAUGAUGAGGGAGAGGUGUCAGUGAAAUAAUUAUCCCGGUUAGCCGACGGACCGAGCCGCGGUGCGAGACAAGGUCAGCCGUAGUUUUCUUCGCUGUUCCCCAAAGUUUCGGAUGUGUCAGACUGUUUUUUAGUGAUAUUGUUUAGGUAGUGAAUGAAAUAAAAGGCGGAAGGGACAUGUUGUUGUGAUUAUACAAAAUGCUUUAUUGAUAGACGCUUUAGCCAAUACGUUAGACGAUAUUUUGAAUACAUUAUCAGCAUUUGGAUUAUUAUUAAUUAGAACGGCAUUAUGUACCUACCUACAGCUCUGUUCAAGUUUUAUCAAACAUUUGGAGAAAAAUACAGAUUUUUACCAGCAAAUGUUUUUACUAACGUUUACUGUAAAUAGCACCACCUCUUGAUACAUAGUUACAGACAUCAAAGAGUUUGUUGAAUUCUUUGAUGUUAUUAAAUUAACAACUAAAAUAAACAAUAUACCUAAUAUAAGAAAUAAAAAUGACAUAAAUAUCAACAUUAAAUAGAUGACAUUGUUAAAAUCCAUAAGCAUAAUCGCUAUUGUACAUCUAGAUUAACCAAUAGAUAGCUGCAGACAAUAUGUAAACAUGUACCACCUAAUGAAACUAUAUCAUAAAGUAUUUGCAUUACUAAUACCUCCAUUUUAGGUCCUAAACCUUAGGACUUGGAAAUAGAAGUCACAAUAAUAUGUUCUAUGGUACUGUGUACACACUUUUUAGGUUAUAGAUAAAUUGAAUUGUUACUACCUGCCUAUUGACAUGUAGAUUGUAAUACUUUUUUAUAGUACUAGGUUUUAAUUGGACAAUUUUCCGCAAAACGUCGUAAUGCGCAAAAAUAAUAAGUAAUGUUAUUAAUUAAAUCAUUUAAAAUUAACAAGAAGAUGGUCAUUUAUUAAUAUCUUGUUACAAUAAUAUGGCUGUACUGAAAAACAUUUUAACAUUUCAUUAUGAUCAAGACGGGUAAAAAUUAGAGAUGCGUUUAACAACAGUUAAUUCGACUCCACAUAAAAUAGAAUUCCAAUUGGGUUAAUAUUGAAAUUCCACAUUUUUACUCUGAUUGACAAUGUGACGCAUCCCAAUGCUAUCCACUUUAACAGUAUUAAAAAUUUUAUCAAAAACAAUUUUAUUUGAAAUACUAGCCGAUG